AAGUUGCCUUUUAACUUCUUAUCCAACUUUUUGGCCAAAAGCAGAACACCCACUAUAUGUUCCUCUUCUUCUCUGCUGGCUGGCUCUGCUGUUCAUUGGCGCGUCUCGACCUGAAUACAGUCUGAGGUAGAGGUUCCCCUGAUCCGUCCUCGCCGCUUGAUCAAGAACCGUGCAGAAGUAACUCUGGCAGUUUCUGGUAACAUCUCUUGCUGAGACAAUAGCAUUCUUACCUUUAGAAGAAGCAAACUUUGUUGUUUUACCAGAUUUCUUAUGAAUUAUUCGAAAACCUCGGAUUGGUGAAGGCAACUUCUUCGGAUGGAGAAAGAACUCGAUAGAAUUACCCAGUUACCCAGUGACAUAAUAGGCCGGAUUCUAUGUUGUCUGCCGAUCAAGGACGCUGGGAGAACCAGUCUCCUGUCAAGAAAGUGGCGGUACAAGUGGGCUGGCAUCCCAUCCCUCGUGUUCACUGCUCAGUCCACUGGCUUAUCUCUUGCUGAUAUCCCCAAUUCAGACAUCACCAACAAGUUGGGGAGAAUGAUUGACCAUGUUCUGUUACUUCACGAUGGUCCCGUGCAUAAGUUCCUGCUCUCCCAUUGGGGCUUCGAAUUCCUGGGCAUUGACAGGUGGAUUCUUCAUCUGUCUAGACAAUCACUCAAAGAACUCGUGCUUCUUUCUCUGGAAGGCCCAAUCUAUGCAAUACCUUCUAGUCUAUUUUUAUGUCAGGAUUUGGUCCGCUUAGUACUGUAUAAGUGUAAAAUAAACUCUCCCUUGGGUUUCCUGGGAUUCAAGAACUUGAAGAGCUUGAAGUUUCGGUGUGUUAUACUGACCAAAGAUGCGGUUGAGAAUCUGAUCUCUAGUAGCCCUUUGUUGGAGACGCUGAUACUGUUAGACUUGAAAGGCGUCUCUAGUCUCAAAAUCGACGCACCGAAUCUUCAAUUCCUCAGGUUUGAGGGCGGUGUAAGGGGAAUUAGUUUUGGAAGUACGAGAUCUUUGGCUUCAGUUUCAGUAGGUAUCAAUGUUGAUCUAGGCCGAGUUGACGAAUGCUCAACAAACAUGCUCGCAUUCUUCCAGCACAUGUCUCAUGUUCAAAUUCUCAAGCUUCAAAACUACUCGCUCAAGCAUUUGGCAACCGGAUUAGUGCCGAGGAUGUUGGUUGACCCCUUAAUUACACUGAAGUGCCUUUCUUUGUGCAUAAAUUUGGAUAAUGUGAAUGAAAUCUUGCUUGCCCUCUGCCUGUUAAGGAGCUCUCCAAACUUAAAAAAAGCCGAAUUUUCGGUUCGUGCAGUGGAUCAAAACCGUGCUGGCAUGGUGGACAGCUUUUGGGAUGACGAGAUCUCACCUUGGGUGCUCGAGCAGGUAAGGUUCGUGUCCGUAACUGGCAUUUCGGGCACAAAGCAGGAAAUGGGAUUCAUCAAGGAAUUGCUAUCAUGCGCAUUGAUACUGGAAAAUAUGACAAUUGAGCUUUCCCCGUUAAAUCCUAUAGGCAGCUGCCAGUUGCUCAGGGAGCUGCUGGAAUUCCGCCGAACCUCGCCUCAAGCACGUAUUAGUGUGAGGUGUUGAUUUCCCAUUAGGUUUAUAUAGGCUUAAGCCCAUUUCUACUAAAAAAAGUUGUGGUACUCAAACAAUAUAUAAACUCAUGGUUUCUUUUUGAUUUUCCAAUGUGGAAUAAUAAUUCCCAACAUGAGGGAAUGAGACCCCGAUUAUCAUGUUAUAGCAUCAAGUUUAGAGUUACGACUAUUCUGGGUUUAUACAUGUUGUAAUUAUCAAGAGGAUUAUUUGAUUUUGUCUAUGUAUCUUCCCAUAUGUAGUAUCAAAAUGCACUGGGAAUGUAAAUCUUUUGAAUUAUUGGUAAUUAAUCCCUAUGCCCAAUUGGCCAGAUUUUCAGCAUA